AGUGUGGACGUCUGUGUAAGUGUGAGAGGAUUAUGGUGGCGUUUAAAGGAGUCUGGACUCAGCCCUUCUGGAAAGCCGUUUCGGCAGAAUUUUUGGGCAUGCUCAUUUUUGUCCUCCUCAGCCUCGGCUCCACGAUCAACUGGGGUGGAGCAGAGAAGCCCCUGCCCGUAGACAUGGUCCUUAUCUCCCUCUGCUUUGGACUCAGCAUUGCCACCAUGGUGCAGUGCUUUGGACACAUCAGCGGAGGCCACAUCAACCCGGCGGUGACGGUGGCAAUGGUCUGCACGAGGAAGAUCAGUCUUGCCAAGUCCAUCUUCUACAUUCUUGCCCAGUGCCUGGGAGCCAUCGUGGGCGCGGGCAUCCUUUACCUCGUCACACCGCCCAGCGUGGUGGGCGGCCUGGGAGUCACUGCGGUACACAGAGAUCUUUCUGCUGGGCAUGGACUCCUGGUGGAAUUGAUAAUUACAUUCCAGCUGGUUUUUACUAUUUUUGCUAGCUGUGAUUCAAAACGAAGUGAUGUCACUGGUUCAGUAGCUUUAGCAAUUGGAUUUUCUGUUGCAAUUGGACAUUUAUUUGCUAUCAAUUACACCGGUGCCAGUAUGAACCCAGCUCGAUCAUUCGGACCUGCUGUCAUUAUGGGCAGAUGGGAAAACCAAUGGGUGUACUGGGUGGGACCAAUAAUCGGAGCAGUCCUUGCCGGUGCCCUGUAUGAGUACGUCUAUUGCCCAGACGUUGAGCUCAAGCGCCGCUUCAAAGACGUCUUUGGUAAGGCUACCCAGCCUUCCAAGGGCAAGUACAUCGAGGUGGACGACAACAGGAGCCAUGUAGAGACCGAUGACCUGAUCCUGAAGCCUGGCAUAGUUCAUGUGAUUGAUAUCGACAGGGGUGAGGACAAGAAGGGAAGAGAUCCAUCCAGCGAGGUGUUGUCUUCCGUAUGACUAGCAAGAAGCACUGAAAGCAGAGAGCAGCCUGGUAGCACGUCCACAGAUAUCCUUCCACCCAUUAAAGAAACAGAUCUCCUCUAGCCUGAGCACCUUCCUCUUCUUGAAAGGUACGGUGUGGGCAGCUGCAUGGAGUGGUGUCACCAAACCAUGCGCCUGCUCAGUUGGAAGAUUAGGACUUUGCUAUAAUUAGGAUUCCCCAUCUAUUAUUCCAAAUUUAGACUUGUAUUUUCCUUUAGUUCUUUCCGGAGCAACCCCAAAGUCAAAAAGAGAGAUGAAAGCAUUCUCCUUUAAUAAAUCAGUCAAUAAUGAGAUAAAGAUAGAAAUGUGUAACAUUCAGAUUGACAGUUAAGACAUAUCAGGAAAUGCCUAUAGACAUGAAGACCUACUUAUCAGAUUGUUCUUCUGACACUUAAUUGGCUGUUGUCAGCUCCAAUUAUAACAUCUUACCCAUUAAGCGUUCUCUGUGAGGUUCAGAGAAAGCACCAGCACUAUUUAAGAGUUUUAUCUAUAGUCAAGCAAAGGAGUAUUGUUUCCACUCAUGUACAUCACUAUUGCCUUGCAAACUACCUCUGAAAAAAAUGAUACUUUAACAGACUUUUAAAAAAAAAAUUCUAUCAACCCAUCAAAUUUUAGUCAUGUGAUUUUCCAUAUAAAUACAUUACCUUCAUCCCCAAGAGUAAAUAUGCUGACAUGGAAUGUUGAAGUGUGUGGUAAUAAGGCUGCAAAGCAGUUGAUUGUACUUCAUGCUCCCUCUUGUCAUUGUCUAUCUGGUGAAACAUUCUCCUGAGGUUUGACUAUUGACCAUUUAGUGUUAGCAGACUUUCAAGGUCAUGCAAAGAAUAUAAAGGCUUUCCUGUUACUUAAUAACUUAAAUAAGAGAUAUCAGAAGAAAAGAAGGCAUAUCUGUUUUCAGUGCACUUGUUUGAAUACACAUUUCUGUGCUAAUUUAUGUAAACUAAAGGUUUAAAUUACUUACCUAUUUUCUUACGAGAUGGUUGGAGAUAGUGUUUUUUAAUUUAUUAGUAAUGUAGAGGGGUUUUAACUUUUAACUGUAUUGAGACACUGAUUGGGAAAUAUUUUUUUAUAACAGAUGAUAAAAAUAUGACUGCUUCUGGCUUUUUGUUGUAACUGUUGCCUAACUAUUUGAACAGGUUCCCUGCUUGUUCCAGUAUUCAUAUAGUCAUAAACUACACCUCUGGCAAAAGUUGCUUUAUCUGUUGUUAGAAAAAGGUUCAACUGCUUGCAGAGUGUUUUAGGGGAAAAAGGACAUGAAAUAUGUCUGUAAACAGUCUUUCCCCUAUAGAGGUUUUUGCCAGGCAUAAUCACCCCAGCAGAACAUUUCUGUAAAGCUGUUACUGACUUACUGCUUUUGUUUCUGAUCAGUGGCUUUGAGUUUUACAAUAUGCAGCUGCAGAGCAGUCAGGAGCAUGGUAUUAUAUUGUAAUUAUAUAGGUCUUAUUUAGCAAUAAGAGAGAAAAAAAAGUAUUAGUCCUGACUGUGGGCUGUAUUAGCCUCAUCUGUUCUUUGACAUACUCUACAUGCAAUCUUUAUCACAGGGAAUUAGAUGUUUCUAAUUAUAAUAAAUGACUACAACCCUCAAAUCUGUGCACUAUGAUCCCAUGGCAAUUCUAGUAUCCCAGCUUGCAGGGAUAUGUUGUAUCAUCCCAGCAUGUCCUUUUUCAAGUUUCACAUUUUUCUUGUCUUAAACCCUGCUAGUGUGGUGCAAGUUCCCUGCACUGAGCACGAGAUUCAUGACUCCUUCAUGCAUUUGCAGUUGGGUGUGGCUGGGGACCUGCAGUGGACAAUGUCAAAUUGCAGAUAAGAGCUCCUUCCCACAGCAAGGACUAAGUCUCCCAAGGGAAGGGCAGCACAGGUGUGGUGUUAGACCUCUGCUCAGAUGGAUAAAUACCAUGAUAAAGAGAUUCAAUGAGAAAGAUCAAAACUCAUUGGGGCAUUUGUCUAGGCAUUUAGUUGGGCUUUAUUUUUUUAUAUAGUUCCAAUCUGUAUUUGUUAAAGGGACAUUUUGGUUAAACCUUUUGCAUGGCUUAAAAAGGUGAAGAGUAAUACACAUAGAAUUGGUGGAUUUUUAAGCAAAGGUUUGCAUUUUUUUUAUUUAAAGACACUCCUUAAUUUGUGAAUUUUGCAUGGUACUGUGUUAUUUAAAUAAGAAGCUGUGAUUUGUUUUAUGCUUAAGGGUCCUUUACACAAAUGGCUUGAUGUGUGUUUUCCUCACCCAGCCUGAUUCUGCUGCUGAGGUGAGCAUAAUGUGAGCAUAGCACCAGCCACCUCUGUUAGGAGGAUCUUUCUCCUGAAACCUUCUUUAUUAAUGGACUGUGGUAAACACUCAGAACCAGCCAAACUCCUUAUUGAGGAUAAGAUCCUGAGACUUCUGAAAAGAGCAGGGAAAAGAAGGGAUGCUAAAAUAGAGGCCACCAGACAGUAAAGGUUGAUGCCAUGCCAUAGACAUUAGACAUUAGCAGGUAAGCAACGUGCGGUAGGUCUGCUGCUGAUCCCACAGAUUAAAACUUGUGGAGGAGUUUGUCACAUUGGCUACAGUGGAAAUGAUCCUGAGCUUUUUUGGGGUCCGAUGGCUUCUCUCACACACUUCGCUGUGUUUUUUCUAAAAUCUGAGACUUUCAGCAAUAUACUUAAUUUUGGAAGAAGAUGCAUUCAACUUGAGGUUUAUGACCCACCCUAAAGUAAAUCUUUAGGAGUGGCUGUAAUCACAGGUGUUUCUGCCCCACCGCAAGACAUCACCAUUCAUAUAAA